UCCAGUAGGAAAAAUAGUAUAGUGUGCCGUUGGCUUUAGAGAGCGGAAAGUUACGCGGACGAUCCGCGCGAGUGUAAUUUUGAAGUUGCCGCGCGGCCCCGGCGGAUCGAUCUAUCGAUCUCUCGCGCCGCUCGCAUCUCGCAAUUCUCGCAUCCGCGUCCGUGCAAAUGGCGGCCGCGCAGCGGCACGUAGCGCCUGGCUGGCCGUGUAUUGUCCCGCGGGUCGACCGAUCACCGCCGCCGCACCGAUGGCAGUCCCGGGCGAUGACGCGAUGGUAAACGGCACGGCGCGCGCGGAGCGGCUCGUGGGCGACGAGUGCCGCAUCUGCCUCAAGUCCUGCGCGGAGGCGUGCCAGCUCUUCCGCGACGACGGCGGGAUACCGGAGAAACUGAUGGCCAUCGCCGCCGUACAGGUGGAGGAGGGAGACGGCCUGCCGGUUUCCAUCUGUUUGUCCUGCAAUCAUCUGCUCGACGUGUCCUACGACUUCAGAUGCCAGAUUCAGAGUUCCGACGUGAGGCUACGUCAGAUGCUGAAGCUGCAGAUCCAGACCGCGUUGCGCGACGAGCCCGCGAUGAUGAAAAGUAUCGUGUCCGACAUGGUGUCCUGUAAGAAGGACAAUCACCUCGUGGAUGAGGACAUUUACUCGUCUCACGGCAUCGUCGCGUUCGACAGUACCGCCGUCCAGUCUGACGCGGUGGUUAACGACGAGUCUCACGCAAGUCACAAGUUCAUGCGGAAGGAGGAAGUUGUAGAGCCGAGCGGGAAAGACGCGUACGACGCGCUUAAAGAGGACGUACACAACGACGAGAUGAUGGACGCAGUUUUGUGCCACGAGGCGAUUACCGAUCACUCGGACCGACUGUCCAGCUCGCCGACGGAGGACGUUUGCGUCAAGCAGGAGCGCUUGAUGCUGCCCGAGGACACCGAGACGUCGGGCAGUUUGCCGGACGAGAGUAGGGAAGACGCGUUGAAGAUCGAGGUGAAGAAUGACGUAUUGUUGCAGGACUUGAACGACGUUUCGAAGGAGAGCGCUGCGUUAAGAGCGGACAAUCGCGUGGCGAACUGCAGCGACGACGAGGAGAAGCCGCUCAUAAGCAGGACGAGCAGGCAGAAGUGCGUGCACUGCAUCAAAACGUUCGCGACGCGAGUGGCGUUGCAGCGACACAUGAACGUGCACAAGCACAAGACGAAGCUGCGCUACGUGUGCGUCAUGUGCGACAAGCAGUACUCGAACAUCGAGAAGCUCAAGGGCCACGUGCUCACGUGCCACGAGACCCUCGUGGCGGACGGUAAGGCGCCGCAGGACGACAGGAGGGCGAGCAAGGUGCUGGGGAAGGUGACUAGAAGCGGCAGCAUUGUGGACAGCGCGAGGGAGGAGAAGAAGAACUUCAAGUUCACGUGUAAGGUCUGCUCGAAACAGUUCAUAUAUCAGAAGUCCUUUUUGUCGCACGCCAAGAGCCACGCCGAGUACAACGCGGACACGUCGGACGACGCGGUCGAUCAGUCCGCCAGUAAGACGACGGGCGAGCAGAAGGAUCGCGCGCCGGCGUUGAGGGAAAACGAGUCCGAAGAGGAGGAGGAAGAGGAGGAGGACGACGACGACAGUGACCUGCCGAUCGAGAGUCUGCAGUGCACUCAGUGCGGCAAGCUCUUCGCUACGAAGCGGAACCUCAAGAGGCACAUCUCGACGCACAGCGGCCUGAAGUUCAACUGCGGCACGUGCGGCAAGGGCUUCUCGCGGAUCGACAAGCUGAAGGAUCACGAGCAGUCGAAGCACAAGGAGGAGAUAUUCGGCAACACCGACGACGAUGACGACGACGACGAGGAUAACGAGAGCAAGAUGAACGAGAAUUCCGAGAACCGAAAGAAGGACCGACACAACAGGCCGCACAAGUGCGCGCUCUGCCCAAAAGCGUUCGCGCAGGCCCAGUCUCUGGCGAACCACGUGGAGAGGCACAAACGGGUGAAGGACACGCAGAAGCGGUUUCUCUGCGAAAAGUGUAGCAAGUGCUUCGCUCAAAGCGGCUCGUUGGUGGCGCAUAUGCGCACGCACACCGGCAUCAAGCCGUACGUGUGCAACGUGUGCAGUCGCGCCUUCACCAAGAGCACGUACCUGCAGCUGCACUUAAGAACCCACAGCGGAGAGAAACCGUACAUCUGCCAGUACUGUAGCAGAGCGUUCGCCCGCGCCAACACUCUGGCGCGGCACAUUACCAUGCACACCGGCGAGGCCAAGUAUCACUGCAACAUCUGCAACAAGUCCUUCCGGCGACUCACCUCGCUGAACGAGCACACGUACACGCACACCGGCCAGCGGCCGUACGCGUGCAAACUCUGCACGAAGAGGUACAACAACGCUGGCUCGUUGUACGCUCACACGAAGAAGUGCAAGGCGCAGCAGCUGUCCAGCUCGACGACGACCGCGUUUGCAGUGUCCACAGCGGAGAGCGCGCCGCAGCAGAAUGACGCGGCCAUGUCUCAGCUGUUGAUCUAUUCCCAGAGGAAGCUGAUCGAGGAGACGGCUGUUGGUCAAGUCGUACCUGCGCCACAGUACAUGGUAACAAAUGUGCAUAAUCAAAAAACAGUACCCGCUAACGUGAUCCAACCCUUCGCCGUAGAGGACCCGAAUGUGUACAAUUCGAAACAGUUUAAGAACUCUUAUUACAUUUAUCCAAACAUGUAAUAACACGAUCGAUCGUCGAUCACGUUCGAUUGUCGAUUGAUCGUCUUCGCCUGGUGAUUUUAUUUCAGUUUGUUUCACAUGGUUUUUUGUUAGACAAGAGUUGGUCAAGC